AUGGAUUCAGCUCCCACAGAGCUUGCCGCCACUAUCCAGGCUGCAAGCAUCGAACGCCAUCCAGAUCCUGCUCUUGAUACCAACCCGCCCACAGUAGCCGAUAGACGGCAGCCUGUGACCCUAGAGCACGCCAAGCACGAGCACGACGAUGGAAUUGACGAUGAGGACGAGGACGAAGAGGACAUCCCCUACAGCGUUCUCCGACCGGCGCCCAGACAUUCCCACCUACCUCCUCUGCCAGAUCUGCGCUUCGAGCAGAGCUAUCUUCGAAGCAUGUAUACGGAGAGUAUCGCGGCUUCUAGCUGCUAA